GCCUGUGCCCUGGGAGAGUCGCGGGCGAGGCGGCGCCUGCGCUCCAAUUGCUGCUGACUUCAUGCCGCCCGCUUUCCGCUCGCAGCGCUGCAAGGACCGCCUGAACUCGCUGGCCAUCUCCGUGAUGAACCAGUGGCCUGGUGUGAAGCUGCGGGUGACCGAGGGCUGGGACGAGGACGGCCACCACUCAGAGGAGUCGCUGCACUACGAGGGCCGCGCAGUGGACAUCACCACGUCGGAUCGCGACCGAAAUAAGUACGGGCUGCUGGCGCGCUUGGCCGUGGAGGCCGGCUUCGACUGGGUGUACUACGAGUCCAAGGCCCACGUGCAUUGCUCCGUCAAGUCUGAGCACUCCGCGGCAGCCAAGACAGGGGGCUGCUUUCCUGCUGGAGCCCAGGUGCGCCUGGAGAGUGGAGCGAGGGUGCCCCUCUCAGCGGUGCGGCCAGGAGACCGGGUGCUGGCCAUGGGGGAGGGCGGGAGCCCCACCUUCAGCGAUGUGCUUCUUUUCCUGGACCGUGAGCCAGAGCGGCCCAGGGCCUUCCAAGUCAUCGAGACCCAGGACCCCCCUCGCCGCCUGGCGCUCACUCCGGCCCACCUGCUCUUCAUCGCCCACAAUCACACGGAGCCGGCCUCCCGCUUCCAGGCCAUCUUUGCUAGCCAGGUGCAGCCUGGCCAGUAUGUGCUGGUGGCCGGGCCGCCUGGUCUGCAGCCGGCCCGCGUGCUGGCUGUCUCCACACACGUGGCCCUUGGGGCCUAUGCCCCCCUCACAAGGCAUGGGACACUAGUGGUGGACGACGUGGUGGCCUCCUGCUUUGCAGCUGUGGCUGACCACCACCUGGCUCAGUUGGCCUUUUGGCCCCUGCGGAUGCUUCACAGCGUGGCUCGGGGGAGCCGGACCCUGGGAGAGGGUGUGCACUGGUACCCAGAGCUGCUCCACCGCCUGGGCCGACUUGUGUUGGAAGAGGGGAGCUUCCACCCCCUGGGUGUGUCUGGGGCAGGGAGCUGAGCGGCGUCCCACCUCUGCCCACUCCCACCCCCCAGCACUGACGUUCUGGGUCCCAAGGCCUCCGCACUAGGAGGGCGCUGGCCCUGAAAGAGACUUGGGGAGGGACGCUGGCUUUCACCCUGAGAUACACCAUUGAGACUUGCCGGGCAAUGCCAGCUGGUGUCCCCCAGCCCCAUCUCAGUUGGCGGAAGAGCUGUAAGCUGGACUAGGGGUGUGUGGGUGGGUCUGUUCUCCUGUCCAAGAGGUUGUAAGACUGGUGCCGAGGGUGCCAACCAAACC